AUGUCGAGAGCUCCAAUCCUCGCGCUCGCUCUGCCCUCUGGGACGGGGCGCGUCCUCAGCAUCCAGUCGCACACUGUCCAGGUACUAUUCCGAAUCAUCGGUGUUCCUGUGUUUAAUGUGUUAUGUGGCUUCCACGGCUUGUCCUCCCAACGCAUGGAUAUCUGUCGUAGGCUGGAGAUUCCGCCUACUGUGUGCUUUCGUCUCUCGCCGCGUUGCGUUUCCUGUUUUUCAGUCAUGUGCCAUGAAAAUGGUGGUGUGAUUAUUGAAAUUUCUGGUAGCCGAGAGUAGGACUUCUGAACGUGUUCUUUUCCGCCAUCUGACAUUGGAAAAAGAGUGUGAGAUACUGUUCUUCUCCACUCUCAGGAACAUACUCGCGGAUUGUGCUUCUCUCUCCCGCGCCAAUCCCUACCAUCUUGUAUGGCCUUGAUCCUCCAAACCCUACCCAGUUUGCGUCAGUCCAGUCACAGUCAUCAGAGAAUUAUUUGAUUCUUCAUUCACGGGACAGGUAUCACUGGGGCAAUUAUAGCGUCCACGCGGUCGAUGGAGGUAUGCUUGCGCAUCGACAGAUUACUGCCCGCUGCAGCCUGCCUUAAGUUAUUUCAUUGGCACGGACCGUGUAUUUCUGAGGCUCACAGUGCCGACUGGGGGCUGUACCCUAAGUUAGAAGAUGAAGCAGAUAGGCACAUUUCUGGUACUCACUUGCAAUGCAUUUAUUCCUGAUCUAUCUCCGUGGUAGUGGCCAAUUUAAUGAUAACUAGUCGUAUUUUUUCUCCCCAAUUGCUCCGAGGAGGGAAUGAUUAGUGAAGGCUUACAAAGUUUCCUCCCACACCCAUGUCGAUUACAAAAAGCUUAGCAUCAAGUAUGGACUCAUUUCCUUGUGCAUUUUUUCCUCCUCACUAAACCUGAUGAAGAAAGUUUAACAAUUCAGUGUCAAGUGUUAGAUAUGGAAAUUAACGGAAAGAAAUAAAAAUGUUCAACCAUAUCAUUGAAUGGGUAGUGAAAGAGAAAUAAUUUGUAGAUGAUUAGAAGUAAAUGAUCUUAGGAAUGACCCCCUUGUAGGCUGCCCGUCUGAUGCAGGGUUAGUUAGUGCUUCUUGUUUACAAUUAGUUGUCACCACAGUCGAAAUUUAUAGUGCAUACUGUCACAAUCAUUUGCUCUUACAAUUACAGCAUCAAUCAGUCAGUUUAUCAUUAUUAUUGUUAUAGUCCAUUGUACCACAAUUUGACACAAUGGAGUUAUUGAAAAAGUACAAUUAUUUGCUAAUAUGUUUACAUUUCGUGUAUCAUUAUUAUAGAAAAUAUGGUAAACAUCCACACAUUUCUCUUUCUAUUGUUUUAUUGAAUGAGCAAGUCAUGUUGUAAUAAUCAUGAACCACAACACGGUUCGCAUUUACAUCACAAUACAGUGACAUGGAUUGAUGCGUUUGGAUUGGCCUGCGUCAACAAACCAUGUUAAAUAUUGCAAUACACAUAUCCAUUUAGUAUUUUCAGCUAGUGUCUAUCCUGAUAUCCUGGGUGAUGACACAGUACCAGUGUUCUUUUGCCUAUUUUGGAGUCCUGUCAUGAGUUUGAUCUAGAUGUAUUAUUAUUGUACUCUUGCGAUCCACCCGUUUUCUAGAAAUAAAAAUGGCGGUUUGCAUUUCUUAAAACUUUUAAAGCGGGGGUUUUAUGAUUGGUAGUUUCAUUAUGGUACACCUGAAUUUUAAUUGAUCUUUGGUGAACUUAAAAUGCAUUUACGUGAUCUAGUCCUUAUAGGUUCUUGUAUACAUUGUCUUUUUCCACAGCUUUUUCAACUUCUACAGAGACCGUUUUUUCUCUUGUUCAUCAUUAUAUAUUUAAAAUUUGCACAGUGGAAAACAUGUCAACAAUGGAAUUUACUGUAUUUUUCUUUUUUUAGGGAUAUGUUGGCAACAAAUCAGCUGUUUUCCCACUUCAACUACUUGGGUAUGACGUGGAUCCAAUCAAUUCAGUGCAAUUUUCUAAUCAUACAGGCAAGCUUCUUUACAUAGUAUCCUCCCGUCCAUCUCAUAAAUAAGGCAAAGUUAAUUUAUUUGUUUCUCUUUUGCAUGUUAUCUAGGUACAAAGCUCUUAUGUGAAGCCUAGUUUUAAUUACCCAAGUUUUUUGCAGGUUAUCCAACAUUUAAGGGGCAGGUCCUAGAUGGCGAACAACUUUGGGAUCUGAUAGAAGGUCUUGAAGCGAACAAUCUAUUGUAUUACACCCAUCUGUUGACAGGUAUGCUAUAGGAUAUCUUCUAUCCUGGCUAGAAUAAAUUUUAGUCAGAGUUUUCCAAGGUAUUUAUUUCUAUAGUUGAUACUUUUUUGAUUUUCAGCCAAAUCUAGGGUCUGUAUUGGGUCCUAUUUCUUCAUGCCUUUGUCCUGGCAAACCCAGAAGCACAGUGAAAAUGUUACCUAUCAUGAUGCGUUUUUAUGAAAAUACACGAUCACAUAUAUUAAAAUAUACAUCAUAUACAUGAGACUGCUCCUUAAAAUAUUUAUAUUAGCAUAAUAAUAAAUUUCGAUCUGUCCAACCUUUCUGUAGAAUACAUGGUAGAGCUCCUAAGAGCAUGAGAAUCAUAAAAAUGAUAUUUUUUAUGUUUUACCAUUGAAAAUCAUCAUAAUAUAUCAUUUCAUCUGUCACAGUCUUGCCUGACCUCCGGUUUUUGAGCAGACUCAUUGGGAAACGGAAGAUGUGACCACAUAACAUACUUUAAAUUGCCUUAUUCUCUGCGCAAUUUAAUGUCCUUGCGCUAUACAUCUUACAUAAUUUGAUCCCAUGGGUCUGACGUUAUCAUAAUAAGGUUAGGUUGCGGUGAUGAGCGCUGCCCAGGAAAUUUUUCUCGCUUUACCCAUGAAAUUAGCUAUGCAGCAUCACAUCUCAUUUUCCUUUUUCCUCUUUCUUUAAUUUGGUGGUAAGUCAUUAGAAUCUUGUUCAAAAGGGUUUAGCCUUCGAAUUUUAUCACUCAGAUUUGCCAUAUUUUGACUGAGCUAAGUCAAUCUUGUGAACUUGACUCCAGUAACACUAAUUAUUCCCUCAUGCCCAGUUGGAAUCGGAUGACUCUUCAAGUUACGAUUUUUUCAGGCCUUUUUAGUUCAAAUGUAAUUUUCUUUGGGUGUGGGAUAAAAUCCUUUUAUUUUGAUGGUUAUACCUCAAUGAAGGAAACUGUGUGAUAUGAAUCGUUUUUAUAUUUGAUAUAUUCACUGAAUACUGCUAUUAUGGCUCAUCACGAGUUGGUUCCUCUUGCAGGCUACAUAGGUUCUGUCUCAUUUCUUGAUACGAUAUUAAAGGUUGUAGAAAAACUUCGUUCAGUAAAUCCUGGCCUUAUUUAUGGUAAGUAUAGCUGAAGGGUGUUUUACAAAUAAGUUGUGAUUUUUGAAGAAAGAAUCAUGUAAUCCCAUGUUUACCAGUUGUCAGUGGUCAAUUUAAUAAGAAAAGCAAGAAAUAGUUAAUACCCCUUUAUAACAUGUAGGAAUGCUCAUUCUUUUUUGAAUUUAUAAUGAGCUGUCAAUGUGCAUUUGGAAUAGAUGAAUCUUUCAUUAAUUUGAGGUCAAAGUGUUUCUAAAUGAAUAUGUUGUCUAUUAAAGUGCGAAGGGAAAAGGGUGGAAGUGAAGGUCACCAAGUUUUGAGAAUGCUUUGUAAUGCCUAAUGUUUUGCUCUGCAAAAGCAGUACAGUUCUGUUAUUUAUAAACUAUUCUCAAGCUUCGUGUGCGUGUGUGUGUGUGCAUUUAUGUGUAUAUAUCUUUACACUGACACAUAGAUUGAUAUGUUUUUAUUUUCUCUCCUGACUCUUGACAUUAUUAAAGUUAAAUUGUCUCCACAGUCUCAUCUUUCUUUCCUCACUGAGACGCAAGCUGCUUUCUCCAAGUAUGCUUGUGGAUGUUUUGGAGAAUGCUGUCACUACCACUCAUUCUUCCACCUAGACCUUGAGCGUCUUCUUUGCAGAUUUCAGACUCCAGUCUACAUGUAUCUCAUUAUGAAGCAUUCGCCGCCAUCAGAAUUUCCUCAUUUGUGAGUCUAUAAACGGAUAUAGGUAAUGAGUACCAAAAGGAAGAUGAACCGCAGGAACAGUGCUCUGUGACCUGCUGAAAUAUCCCGCUUCUAGAAGCAAUACUGCUCCUGACUUUUUAUCAGGAGAACUCAUAAGAAAAUUAAUGGCAACUUUAGAUGAUUUAGAUAUUCACAAUUAUUGUGGAGUUAGUUUCGUUUUGGAACAAGCAAAUUAGGCCGACUGAUACUGCGCAUUUGAGUUUCAUUGGCCAACAGCUGUGGGUGAUGAAGAAAUUUACUAACUUAAUUGGGACUUAAACAAGUUACCUACAACUUAGGUGGUGUGAGCUAGCAUUGUUUUGUUACUUACUGAGUUUGCCUCAGAGCUGGACAGCUUUGGUUUCUCUAUAGAGGGGUAUUUUUUUAUCUUUGAUUAUAUUUGUCUAAUUGUUGAAAAAUUCCUUUGUAGUUUGUGAUCCAGUUAUGGGUGAUGAAGGAAAGCUAUAUGUCCCUUCACAGCUAGUGUCGGUCUACCGUGAGAAGGUGAUUGAUUUAUUUUAUUAUAGAUAAAUGUUUAUGUUUAUGCUAUUCAUUCUGUCUGGGAAAUUGAAAUUUAUGCAGCACUUUCUUAGUAAUAAAUUGAAUUUCAAAAUUUACCUAUAUGACCUUCUCAAUUACCUUCUUUGUUUGUUAGUAGAUAUAUAAGGUACAAGAGAACCCAUGAAUCAGGGAAUUUUCUUCAGCAGGAACAUUUGCAAGAAAUGGAAAAUCUGGGCAUGAGUCUCUGCACUUAUUGCAAAUGAAAUAUUGGAAAACAGUUCUUUUUUUAAAAGAACUUUUUUGAGACUUGGGAGUUUUAAGGGAUUUCCAUAUAGCCUAUGAUUAUGUGAAUCAGAAGCUAACCUUGGUGUGUUGGAAAGUCGUUCUUUCCUCAUUAAGGACCUCUCUGUUUGGUGGGCGAAAACUAGCACAUUUUGACCAGUUCUAUUAAGAACUUUCUGCUUUCAUCGAUGUUCUGGCUUUUGGGUUAUUUAGAGAAGGAAAAGCCUUGAUAAUUCUGGGAGAUUGAGAGUGGCCUUUUGAAUAUCAUUGCUUGGCAGACAUUGUUCUAGCUCAGCUUGCUUAGGGGCCCACAAGCGUUUCGGGCUUUGUGACCACAGAUACUCGUGGUUUUAACUGAGUUGGCUAUCCAUGAGUAGGGUUUGUAAACGUGGGGUAUCUCAUGACCAGGCUAGCAAAUUUGGACCUACUAAUAAUCUAAUUGGGUAUCGAAUCUUGCCUGAGUCGCUUGGUUAAAAAAUCAUAUAAACUUUGAAAGAAAUGUAAACCCCGGAUUAUAUUUUACCCAUUUUAUCAAAAACUGUAAAGAAAAUUUAUCUAGUACAUAUUUACAAAAGUAAAACUCUUGACCUCCUCUUCGAACCUAAUUCCACUUCUCUUUUAUCAUAGGCAUGGCUUGGCUAUGAUUCCAGAGAAAAAUUGUGGAUAGACGGGGCAGAGCUAGGCUGUGGAGAAUACUGGAAGAAGAUGAAAUGAAAAGAAGUAACAUUGACAAAUAUUACAUAAAUGUUGUUUGAUGGUUGCGACCAUCUGUUAUAGGAGUUACUGCACUAAUAAUGGCAAACAACAAGCCACAAGGAGUGGUAGCAGUCGCAGAAUGGUUUACCUUCUUUCUCUUUUUUUUCCAUUUUUUUCUUUUCUAGUGUUUCUUCUUUCGUGGCUCUGUCUGCAAUAGAAAAACUAAGAACCCCAGAGUGGCUGUCUUCCGAAAGUGUCCAGCCCCAAUUACAAUCCUAAGAAGAGUUUUGGUCACAUUGAUCACAGCGGAGUUAGUUUUGGGUCCUUCUGAGCAAGGUGUGGCUUCUAAGUCAUUAUCAAUAAGAUGAUGAACAAUGGUCAUUCAUUAUCGAUAAAUAAUUUUUGUAGAAUUCUGAUUUAUAUUUUGAACCAGAAGCAGUGCUGUGUAAGCAGGUCAGUUUCGGGAGGCAGUGAAGAAACCAGAGAUAGAAUUGAGGGAUGCAGUCACGUGCCCCUUCAGUAGAUUUAUUAUCUUAUAUUUUUGGAAAAUCGGAAAGUUAUAUUGUCUGCUUUUAGGUGUUCAUCAGAUGGAGUUACAUUUAGCCUCAUCUAGAGUUGGGAUUCUGGUCUUUUUUAUGUUCGACUUUGUUAGGUUGGUCCCGAGUAUCAACAUGAUAAGAACCCAGAUCAAAGAACUACGAAUAAUUCGUAUUAGAUGAAAGGAACAAUCUCUAGAACAGAAAUAUCAAAGAUAAAGCACACUAAAAGAACCCAGAACAGAUAGAGGGUCGCAUACAACCUUCCAACCCUUUCUCCUAGAUGCACGAGAUACUAACCGAUUUUUCUUUCUCCCCCUCCUUCCUGAUCAGCCCAUCCUUAUAUCCUCUCCUUUCCCUCUCUUAUUUAGGCAGUUAGUCUCCUGCCAUAACUGCUCUUGUCAUAACCGCUCUUUGCCAUAACUGUUCCUUGUCAUAUUGUUCCUUGCCAUAACUGCGCCUUCCCUCAAUCAUGCUAACCGUUAUUGACUUAUUGGGCUUUGGGCCUUCUUCCUUCUAGCAUAUGUGCGUGGAGCCUUAUCACAACAUCUUUCCAUUUUCUGGGGUGUUGGUUUUCUAUUUAAGUGGUGCAUUGUGGCAUGUUUCAUUUUCAGAAAAUAGUUAUCUAAAUGGUUGGUGUUAUUGAUUACCUAGUAGUUUCGUCUUAUUAUACAACAGUUCUAGUGUCACACUUAUGUUAGGUUUCCAUCUUUUCUUUAUCAUACCAAUCUCGUAAUCCUAACUUUGAACUACACAUUUUCUUGGUAGAAGAUUUACUAUUUGCAUUAAACUAGACAAUAUGAUAUGCCUAAGUAUCAAGUCUCACAAUGAAGUUUCAACGCCCUUGAUAAUCAGCCUUCUUUAGAAGCUAUAUUAUGUGAAUUAUACCUCAUAAGAGUAUAUUUUUUAGGUUGUUCCAGUUGCCUCAAUGCUGACACCUAACCAAUUUGAAGCUGAGCAGCUUACAGGAUUCAGGUAUUCUUUUCUUUCUUGCGUUUUCCUCUGCUUGCUUGAUAUCUGUCAGUUUUUUCCAGUGUCUUUAAUUUUCCACCUUAGCGAUAUAGUUCGACCGUUAGCACACUCAGUAUCUGUGUUUCCUUCGUUUUCCAUUCCAAAUCACAUAUGGUCUUUGUCUUUGAAACGCUUCUACUCUUCUUGGAUUGAUCUGACGUUUGUUGUCAUCAAUGAAAAUGCAUCCUUCAUUUCGUCAAGAUAUAUUUAACUUGGGUGUUUGUUUAUAUGUAGAAUUUCUUCAGAGAAAGAUGGAUUGGAAGCAUGCCGUGUCCUUCACGAAGCAGGACCUUCUAAGGUCUGUCUUUUAUCAAACAUAAACGUCUCUUUGGGGCAUGUAUAGGCUCUGUUUUGUAGCAAAUCUUAGAAUUGGUUGUAGGGUCUGCUUUGAAUCAUCUAUAGUACGUCAUAGGAUUCGGUGACCAAAUCUCGGUUUGCAUACGACUUUGAUCAUUCAUUGCCUUUGCAUACCCUUUACAUGGACGGUAUGGACAGUUUAUAUAAUCUCUGUGGUAUGCAACAAGUCCCCACAAGGAAAGAAAAGGCUAGCUGAAGAGUUACAAAAACUAGGGAGGAUCAUCAUACUUCGUCCUGAUUCAAAACUAGUGUUUCCAACUUCCUUUUACGAAAACAGGGGAGCCAGAAAACAGUGGAGUUCAGCUCUACUGUAGAAGCUUUCUUUUGCAUUCAGAUGUCAAAGAUAUGAGUGCCUAGAUUCCCAUUCCCAAUAGCAGUAAGAGUUCAUCAUUGGAGGUGAAGAAAUCACAAAAAAUCUAGUUAUUCACCUUUGGAGUAAAGAAAAUAUAAUCAAAUUAGUAUGUUACAGACACUAUGCCCCUAAAGCAAACCAGAAAACACCGUGUAUAGAAAGCAUUCUGAAAUAAUGAUGGACUGGGAACUCCUAUUUCAUUCACUUCCUUAAUUCUUUUGAGCAAAGCUUCUCUCUCACUUUCGAACAAAAACGCGCCCAGCAUCAGUUUCAGUUUUUGUCAAUUCACUAGUCGACCAUUUUUUGUUUCAACGACAGCCACACUGCUCAAUUAUUACAUCCAUGACAGAUUUUUUAAUAAGCAUAAGAUCUUCCGACUAUUUUUAAUUGUCUCAUUUUGAUUCAUUUACAUGGGACAUUCGUCCUUUGCUUCUAGGUAUAUAAAAUUCUUCGAAAUUUUACUCAUUUCAGAUUGUAAUUACCAGCCUAAAUAUGGAUGGACAUCUCUUUCUGAUUGGCAGCCAUCUGAAAUCAAAGGUAAUUUUUCACAUAUGCUGAAAUGUCAGCAAUGUCAAUGAAAUAUUCUUUUUCUGCAAUUUCAUUGAAAGUUACGGAUGGCCCAAUCAGGCUAGGCUCAUUUGCCUAGACCACGAAAUAUUAUUGCCAUGCUUAGCACCUCCGAAUGUCAGGGAUCAGUCUGCACAUUGUUCGCACACAAGUAUUUGCUGUUUCUGUAGCUAUUUUUGUGGCACUGCUUUCCUGCCAGUUUUAAGUAAAUUUCUAAAAUAUUUUUUGGACUAAUCGUACGAAUCUACUGUUGAGCGUUCCAUCGUCCACAUUCAACUAUGAAAAAAAAUCAUGUAAUUUUCCAGAUUUUUUUUCUUUCGACUAUCCCAAGUUCUCCAAAUUUCUAAAAAUGUCCUUCAGCCCUAUGUUUACGUUUUUGGUCCUGUGUUUCAGCCACUGUUAAGGCAACGAUAGCAUGAACAACCUGGAUCUGAAUUUUUGUGUGUAGCUUUACAGUCCCAUUUUUAAAGCUAGCCUCAUUUUGUUUUGAUCCAGACAAUAUAUAUUCUUAUCUUGUUGUCCAUGUAGUGGUCCUGAAAACAGAAUAGAUUCAAUCUGGGUAACACACGCCAGAACCUGCUGAAUUUUUCAGGGAUCAUGCUGCAGGGAUUCAUUCAUAGGGAUUCAUGCCUCAAUAUGAAAUGAUUGAGAACGCCAGAACUGACCAGUCCUUGCCUGAACAUGAUGGUCCGGACCGAGUUGGUAUCAUCUGUCCUAGAUCCAGGAGUGCUUCCAAUUUUUAAACCCAGGAUAGCAACCGAUGCCAAAUGUGUAUGAAGUCAGUGAAAAAUCAAGAUACCCCAUCAAGAUUUGCAUCAAAUGUGCUUGGUUUGGAUUUACUGCUGAAAGAGGAAACAUCAGCGCAAUUAGGUCACUUAAAAGAAGUGAACUGACGUUGUUAAACUGAUCACUAAAAGCAGACGAAGUGAUUACAUGGAGCCGAGAAUUUGUGAAGCCAUGCUGUAAUCUGUGGCACUUGAAAGAGUGUGACUUUGACUUAGGCUCCAUAAUUUCGUAGACCAGCUGUAUUUUUAUGGAUAUUACCAAACUCUGUGCAUGCUAAGAAAAAUCUUCUUUCCGCCAAUUCUGUCUGUAAAACAGUAAUCCCAUGCUCCAGCACAUGUACCCGUGAAAUGUAGAUUGCGUGCAGAAGCACAGUUCUUCACUUCAUAACUCGUUUAUGUCACUAUCCCUUGGAGGGUUUCUCUCAUUUCUCAAGAACAAUUUCUUUUCUUUUUUCUUUUUUUUCAGGGCCAUCCUCCGGAACAGUUCAAAAUUGUGAUACCUAAGAUUCCUUCAUACUUCACUGUAAGCGUCGACAUCCUAAAUAGUAUGACAAUGUAUGACCUCUGAACCUAUGAUGGCAGUUGACAGUUCUUGGAGCUUGUCGCAGGUUGAUGGACUUGUGGCAUACAUUCUACCUUUUCUUUAUCCACCGUUCAUAUAUAGAUAUAAAUUGGCAUUUCCUUUGGCUGAGUGUGCUUGGUGCAUGAACUUCACAUAUGAGAUGUUUUUCAUUGUUCUUUGAUAAAUAUAUUUAAAAAUAUUUAAAAACCUUAUCGUCGUUGCCAUUUAAUUUUUCUUCUGUUCUUCCCUAAUUAGUUAUUUACUUUCGUGAUUUGAAGGGAACCGGAGAUCUGAUGACUGCGCUUCUACUCGGAUGGAGUAAUGUAAGCCCUUCAUGCGUCUGACGUCCAUCUGGGAACAACUUCCUAUGCUUUUAACGGGGGUUAGAAAUAAUUGCAUUUUUUUUUUACUUUUUCUAGAAAUCUCCAGAUGAUCUGGGCAAAGCAUCAGAACUCGCAGUAGCAAGUUUGCAGGUAUUUUUUUGGAUUUUUUGAUAUAUUAUUUCUAAUUAAACUUUCCUCCUCCUUGCCGAAUAUCUCUCAUUGAUAUUUCUCUUCUCGCCUCCGGAAUUUUAAUUAUACAAGAAUUCGUUUUUAAAAAAAUUCCAAACAUCAUGAAUUUCGCGGCCAGAAAAUAUAUCUCAAGAUCUAUUACAAAAAAGCAUUUUUUUUAUAACUUUGGGUUUGUGCCGAAAAUGAGGAAAGCAAAAUAAUUCAGCCCUCGAGAUACUGCAAUGGGCUUCAGGUAUUGCUCGAUGAUUCUGUCUCGAUCGUCCCAUGCAGGCGCUACUGCAACGAACAGUGGCGGACUACGAAAAAGUGGGGUUCGAUCCCAAGUCCAGCAGCCUGGAGAUCAGGCUGAUUCAGAGCCAGGACGACAUCCGCCACCCGUUGGUGAGGUUCAAGGCGGAGAGAUACAGCUGA